AUGACCGGAACGCUUCGUCUUGGAUCCACAGUCCCCGACUUUGCCGCCUCCACCAACAAGGGCGACUUUCAGUUCCACGACUACAUCAAUGGAUCUUGGGCCAUUCGUGAGUCAGCGUCUGUUUGCAUCUCCAUUGCCAGCUCAAGCGUAGCGUAGCGCUGCAAUGCGCUUGCUUCAAGCUUCACAAAAGAAUUCACCUCGUUGCUCCCUCACAACAGUGUUCAGCCACCCAGAUGACUUUACUCCAGUGGUGCGUGCCACCUUCCUCCACCCAUUGCAUCUCUUCAUCCGUGCUCAUCCGCUCUUCGUUUGACACCAUCCCUGAUAACGCAGUGCACCACUGAGCUCGGAGAGGCUGCGCGCCAGCAGGGCGAGUUCGACAAGCGUGGAGUCAAGCUGAUUGGUGAGUGUCUGAUCUUGCGAGGAAACAAAAGAGGUGGGCGAGACGGCAAGUGCAGGCUAGGCUUGCAGGCAGUCAAGUCUCAGCACUGCAAACAAAUGCCGUUUGCCCCGCCCCGCCCCGCCCCGCCCCGCCUCGCCUCUUCCACCUCUUCUGCGUGCCGUCUCUCUCUCAAAUUCGGCAUCAUUCCACGUGACUCGAUCUCAGCUGACGCCGAUCCUUUGCGCGCACCAUAGGUCUCUCCGCAAACGACAUUGACUCGCACGACCGUUGGAUCAAGGACAUUACAGAUGUCAGCAAGGCCAAUGUGACUUUUCCCAUCAUCGGUGACAAGGACCGCAAAAUCGCAACCACUUUUGACAUGCUGGACCAGCUGGACGAGACGAACAAGGAUGUCAAGGGCUUGCCAUUGACUGUAAGGAGCGUAUUCGUCAUCAACCCCAACAAACAGAUUGUCACCAUUGUGAGUAUGGUCCUGCUGCGAGCGUGUUACCUCUUUCUCUUUUGCGCCACACACCUCAUCCUGCUCCUUUUGCUCAACUGCUUCUCCUUUUGACCCGCUCGUCCUGCUCGCCUCGCCUCACUCGGCAGAUCACCUACCCCGCUUCCGUCGGCCGCAACUUUGACGAGAUUCUGCGCGUCAUUGACAGUCUUCAGCUGUCCGCUAGCUUGCAAGGCAAGGUCACCACGCCCGUCAAUUGGCGCAAGGGAGACGACGUCAUCAUUGCUCCUCCCGUCAAGGAUGAGGAGGCCAAGCAGCUCUUUGGAGACUUUAGAGCUGAAAAGCCUUACCUCAGGUUCACCCCUGACCCCAGCAAGAAGUGAGCGAGCGAGCGCGCGAGCGAGUGAGCACUAGCCCCAACAUCGACGCACGACGGGAAAAGGUGCGCGCCGACUUGCUUCACUCGUUGGAGAUUAAAAAAGAGGAGAGCAAACACGUGUGCGAUUUGAAAUGA